AUGUGGCAAAAUAUUAACAAUUUGGUGAAUCUGGGAAAAGCGUAUGCAGGAGUUCUCUAUUUUUGCAACUUUUCCCCGCCCCAAUACCAAGGCCCCCGAGUUCGCGACCAGGGGGAGGAAGGGCGAAGGCCUAGAGCGCCUGACGGUGCGCUCCUGCAGCCAUCAGCGGGAAGGGGGAAAGGGAUUCCUGAGCUGAGAGAUCCGCGCAGGAGCACAGGCAACGCGCCACGUCCCUGCGAGGAUCAAAGGCUCCAGUUAGGCGCUAUCUUCCGAGAAGGCACGGGAGGAUCCCGAGUGGGCGGUCUCAGGCCGGAAAACUGCGGCGCCACGAACAGGCAGGGCGGCCUAACACUUUCCCAGGAGCGAACUCGGGCGUGCGCUCUACUGUUCUCCCCCCCCCCAGGAGCAACCCACGUUGCCAGAGGCGCGGGGGCGGGGCGUGCGCGGAAGGGGCGGGGCGAGCGCGGUGGGUGGGGACUGGCCCGGGGCGUUCCCUGUGCACACAGGCUUCCCGCGGGCUGCUCCCGCACUGCGCUGGUGGCCUGGGAUGUGACCGGCCGGGUCUGCGGCGGCCCGAGGACAAUGUUUGCCCACCUGGGCGUGACGACCCUAGUGCUGGUCGCCGGGGCUCCAUGGGUCUUGCCCUCGGCUGCAGGUGAGAGACGAGGGGUCCCGGCGCAGGCUUCGGGGCGCGGCGCGAGGCUGGGCGGGGGCGAUGUUGGAAGCCACGGUCUGGGGAGGUGGCUGGGUGGUAAAAGAUGUCCUUCCGGGAGGCCCCUGGUCAUCCCUGGCCGCAGUGCUCAGAUUGAAACCGACUUGGGCUCGAAUAGCAAGCAAGAGGAAGUAGUGUUCAAGAUCUUAGGCACGCCGCUUGAUUGGCGGCCAGCGUACCCCUCCCCGGACUGGGGGCGCCCUCCCCUCCCGUCCUCCGCCCUCGGCCGCAGCCUCGUCACUCAGCCCAGCGGCACUGGAUGUGCGAGAGCCUUCGUNGUUACUAGUACCAAAUGCAACUUUACUUCACCUGACAUAAAUGUUUAUGAAGAAAUGAAACUGCGUAUAAGAGCAGAAAAGGGAAACAGCACUUCUCCAUGGUAUGAGGUUGCCCCGUUUAUACCAUUUCAACAAGCCCAAAUUGGUCCUCCAGAAGUACAUUUACAAGCUGAAGAUAAGGCAAUAAUGAUAGACAUCUCUCCUCCUGGGACAGAACAUAGUAUCAUGUGGGUCCUGGAAAGUUCCAGCUUUAGCUACAGCUUAGUAAUCUGGAAAAAUUCUUCAGGUGGAGAAAACAGGACUGAAACCAUUCAUUCCAAAGAUAAAAUUUAUAACCUCUCACCAGAGACUACUUACUGUUUAAAAGUUAAAACAAGACUACGACGGCAGAGAAAAAUUGCUUCGUAUAGUCCAGUGCAAUGUAUAACUACCACAGUUGAAAAUAAACUGCCUCCGCCGGAAAAUGUACAAAUGGUUGCUAAAAAUCAGACCUAUGUUCUUAAAUGGGAUUACACAUAUGAAAACAUGACUUUUCAAGCUCAGUGGCUCCAUGCCCAUUUUAAAAAGAUGUCUGAGGACUAUUCAGGAAAAUGGAAACAAAUACAAAACUGUGAGAAUGUCAGAAUCACCCAGUGUGUCUUUCCUCAAAAUGUUUUCCCAAAUGGAAUUUACUAUAUCCGUGUACAAGCGUCCGAUGGAAAUAGCACAUCUUUUUGGUCCAAAGAGGAAAAAUUUGAUAUUGACAUACAAACUCUCAUACUUCCUCCAGUCAUUAAUCUGAAGCCCAUUAAUAACUCACUGCGUGUCUAUAUCGGUACUCCAAAAGCCUCUCAAAACAAGCCAGUGUACCCGCAUUACCUGCUCAUUUAUGAAAUUACUUUUUGGGAAAACACUUCAAAUGCUGAGAGGAAAAUUGUAAAGAAAAGAACUGAUUUUACUUUCCCUGACUUGAAACCGCUAACUGUAUAUUGUGUCAAAGUCAGAGCACUCCUUGAUGAUGAAAAGCGGGAUAAAAGCAGUGUUUUUAGUGAUACUGUAUGCGAGAAAACAAAACCAGGCCUCUUUUAAAAAGUAAAGGCCAGGGGCCGGC